ACAGCAGAGAUGUCAGCUCGUUGAGAGGUUGAUAAGUACACACUGAAAAUAAAAUAAGAUAAAUAAACACAGGCAAAACGAACUCCAGCACGCAAACAUGAAUAAGCGACGCAGAUGCAGCUCCGACGUGACUAAGUAAAUCUUGACAAGUCAGCGCGAGCUGGUUUUUCAAGUUUAGCUUGAUGAGCUAAUACUACUAUGCCUGUCUCAGCUGUUAGCCACUCCCAGCUUUACUGAUGACACUUAUAGUGAUCACACAACACUGAGGACUACAGAAGCAGUUCAUGUGCAGUCCAUCAAAGGACAUCUUGAGCAGAAGACAGAAUAUGUGGCUUCAGCAGAGAUUAAAGGGCUUUCCUGGAAUACUUUCCAGCAGCUGGGCCCGCCGUGUUUUGGUUGGACUACUUCUCUUCCUCAUUUUCUACUGGUAUUCGAGCUCAGAUGGGCUCCUGAAGUUUCUAAGCAUUUCCAGGGAUUCUGGCGGUGCAGCUGGUGUGUGUUUGCAGACUGAUAUUAACAGGUGGUUGUCUCUGGUUGACAGAGGGGAGGGAGUAGUUUCUACCACACAGACAAAACAAUCAAUACCGUUUGUGGUCGGUAAUGGACAUUUUCUGGUUGACAUGGACUCUAAUAAAAUCUGGGUAUCUUCAUCUUCACAGCCUGGAUCUGCACCGCUUCACCAAACAGACUAUUCCCCUAUAGCGCAGUUGCAGAUUCCAGGAGCGUCGUUGGAGGCGCGGGCUAUGAUGCUGUGGUACAGAAAAGGCUCGGUGCUGUCAUCCCGCUGUGUCCUGACAGGUAAUUUUCAGUCACCUCAAGAUUGUAUCAUUGUACGAGAGGAAUUCAUCGCUCUCCGCAGUCAACCCAAUGUCUAUCUUCAGAGGAUUCACAUUUCAAACCCUACAGAUGGAGUCGUUUCAGUUGACUUGUCUAUAGAGACUCCUUUAGAGUUUAGGAGUACCAUGGAGAGGAUGGAAGACAAAGAAUUUAUGCUCUCCUCAGGUAAGGUGCUCACGGAGAAGAAGGACAUUGUGUUUGUGGUGGUGGCCACUAAGAAACUAAGCGCCAAGAUUCAGGUUCCUGCCAAGUCGGACUACUCUGAAAAUGUGGUGAGUGUGAUUUACACAUCAGAGCCUACUGAAGGAGCGAAACUGGACGAGACCCUCGGCAAGCUUAGAGAUGGAGUCAAGCGGGAGAUGGUGGAGGUCCUCCGAGCAAAUGUGGAGGAGUUAGUGCAAGAGCACCAGCAAGCAUGGUUGGAUCUCUUCAUAUCUGGUGUGGAGAUAAGAAAGAUUACAGAUGCCCAUACUCCAUCCAGUCGCACAGUCAACAACACCCUUUACUACAUUCUCUCCACCUCCACAGCACCCCUGUUAGAUCAAAGUCUGACUGCAGAGGAGCAUGAACGGCUGGAGUCUAGCCUGAAUUAUGCCGACCACUGUUUCAGCGGCCAUGCCACCAUGCACGCUGAGAAUCUGUGGCCAGAGCGGCUGACCAACGUAGCUCAGAUCCUGCAGCUCGUCAACCUCUGGAACUUGACAUUCCAGAAAAGGGGCUGCAAGGUUCUUGUGUCGGCAGGUGCUCAUGGUAUGAUGCAAGGUAUGGCCCUUAGUUUUGGCGGUCUGCAGUUCACUGAAAACCACCUUCAGUUCCAGGCUGACCCGGAUGUUCUUCACAACAGUUACUCUUUGAGGGGCAUUCAUUACAAUAAAGACCUCAUUAACUUGGCCGUAUUGCAGGAUGUUGAAGGCAAACCCUUCCUGCAUGUGUCUGUCAAACCUCAGGAGAAACCGGUGAAGCUGUAUGCCUGUGAAGCCGGCUGCAUGAAUGAGCCCGUGGAGCUGACCUCAGAGCUGCGAGGUCACACGUUUCCAGUGAUGGUGACCCAGCCCAUCACUCCCCUACUGUACAUCUCCACUGAUCUUACUCACCUCCAGGACCUGAGGCACACCAUUCAUGUCAAGGCCAUCUUGGCUCACGAAGACCACAUGGCCAAACAGUAUCCAGGGCUGCCCUUUCUCUUUUGGUUCAGUGUGGCAUCCCUCAUCACGCUCUUCCACCUCUUCCUCUUCAAACUCAUCUACAAUGAGUACUGCGGGCCUGGAGCCAAGUCGCUCUUCAGGAGCAAGGAUGAGGCCGCUGCAUGAAGCCUAAUCCAGUGUGUGGAGAUUCAUUAAAUAUGGCUCUAUUUCUGGAUGUCCUCUCAGGAUUGAUUUUAAUUGGGUUGCUGGGGAAAUAGUAAUUUGUGUGUAAUUCUGUAUGUUUUCCAUUUUGCUGUAUGUAUUUAAUUAAUUAAUUAAUUAAUUAUGACUUGCUUUUUUUUCUCGCUAAAAUACAUAUAGGCGCUUAGCCCCUGUGCAGUUACCAAUUUAUUUUUACGUUUUAAAAUAUUGAUAAAUUAUCAAUCAUGAAGGAUCUAAACCAGCCUUAUUCUUAGUUUAUAAACAGUGAUUUACUGAAUGUCAGUGCAACUACUAAGGAAAAAUUCCCUGUGCAGUUCAUAUUCUAAACAUUUUUAAACAUGUCUGUUAAGUUUAGAUUUGAAGUUUAAAAAUUAUUGGUACUAUAGUACAAUAGUACUAUAUACUGAAUGUGCAUUGCAAUAUAUAUUGUUUGCAAUGUAUGAUGAGACUGUAAUGCCUUUCAGCAUCUCUGAUUUAAUCCAUCCCGUAAACUUUUACUGUGAAUAGACAACCUAUAAUCACAUGGGAUAUGGAGUCUUGUAAAGACAGCAUUCCCUUUUGUUUUAAAUAUGGCAUUACUGCAACUGUGAUUAUACACUUUGGUUUACGUUUUGACAAUGUGAGUUACAACUAGCCAAUGAUUUAGUUAGUUUGAUUAACAACACUAAAGGAUGUUGUCAGGAUCGAAGCUUAUUAAGCAGACACCCACACCUGUGUUUCUCACCCACACCUAUCAUAUCACUUCUGAAGACAUGGACAUUGAGUCGUGUGGGUUGCUGUUAUGCUGCCUUUUUGUGCUUUUUGGACCUUCAAAGUUCUGGCCACCAUUCACUUGCGUUUUAUGGAACUACAGAGCUGAGAUAUUCUUCUAAAAUCUUCUUUUGUGUUCAGCAGAAUAAAGGUACACAUCUGGGAGGGUAUGAGAGUAAAUAAUGUGAGAAUUUCAUUUUUUUUGGGUGAACUAUUGCUUUAACUGCACAGAGAUUGCCAUCCCAAAUUAAGAAUUCUAUCGAUGCUCAAUAGGGUUGCCGGAUACUGAAUCAAACAUUGCUGUGAGUAAUGCAUCUAUCCGUACAGUUUAUAAAGAUGCAGAGAGCAGAAAACACAAGGCAGACUUCGACUAACUUCUCUUGAAACAGUCGAGCAAGCAGUUUGUCAAAAUGAGUCGGUCACUUCAGCGCAAUAAUGUUUGCACUUUCUUAUAUAUAUUUUUGCAUACAAUGUAUAUCUUUUAUUUAACACUGGAGAACUUCUCGGUAGAUAUGAAUAGUAUGUUUUUUUUUUCCAAUAAAAUAUAGUCUUUAAAAUCGGUUUUUGUGAUCUAAAUAGUAGUUAUUUGUAGGCCUUAACCUAAAGGUCUACUUGGUUCAGAAGUUUUUUAUUUUUUAUUUAAUUUUCUUAUUAAAAUGUAACUACAUAUAAAUAAACAAUAUGUGAUUAUGUGAGAGUAAGGGUUGUUGGAAAGCAGAAAAAUGUAAAAUGGUGACAAUGCUUAAUUUAUCCCCAUAAUUUGUUUAUCUGAUGUCAAUUUGCAUAUGUAACUUGUCUGUAGGCUACAGUUUGUUUAGACUUCCAUUUGUUUAAU